CAGGUAAAGAGAUUAUAGAUCUUACACUGAACGAAAAAUUUUUUCUUAGGGUUGCAUAUACUCUAAGAAAAAACCACAAAUGUUUUUCUAUUUUGCCUGAAUACAAGAUUUAAGCAAGAAGUUUCCACAGAAGCUCCGUGGCCGUCACGAUGUUCUGGAAGUUUGACUUGAACACCACGUCCCACGUUGACAAGCUGCUGGACAAGGAGCACGUGACACUGCGGGAGUUGAUGGAUGAAGAUGACAUCUUGCAGGAGUGUAAGGCUCAGAACCAGAAGCUGCUGGACUUCCUGUGUAGGCAGCAGAGCAUGGAGGAGCUGGUGAACCUCAUCACUCAGGACCCGCCCCUGGAUGUGGAGGAGAAGGUCCGCUUCAAAUAUCCAAACACAGCCUGUGAGCUUCUGACUUGUGAUGUGCCGCAGAUCAGCGACAGACUAGGUGGGGACGAGAGUCUGCUGAGCCUUCUAUACGACUUCUUGGACCACGAGCCACCUCUCAAUCCUCUGCUCGCCAGUUUUUUCAGCAAGACCAUUGGCAAUCUCAUUGCAAGGAAAACCGAACAGGUGAUUGUGUUCUUGAAGAAGAAGGACAAGUUCAUCAGCCUGGUGUUGAAGCACAUCGGCACCUCGGCCCUCAUGGACCUGCUGCUGCGCCUGGUCAGCUGUGUGGAGCCAGCUGGGCUCCGGCAGGAAGUCCUGCACUGGCUUAAUGAAGAGAAGAUCAUCCAGAGGCUUGUGGAGCUGAUCCAUCCAGGUCAGGAUGAAGACAGGCAGUCGAAUGCUUCUCAGACUCUCUGUGACAUUGUUAGGCUGGGCAGAGACCAGGGCAGUCAGCUGCAAGAGGCUCUGGAGCCAGACCCCCUCCUCACAGCGCUGGAGUCGCAGGACUGUGUGGAGCAGCUUCUGAAGAACAUGUUUGACGGAGACUGGACUGAGAGCUGCCUCGUCAGUGGGACUCAGGUGUUACUCACCUUGCUGGAAACCAGGCGGGCUGGGGCAGAGGGCUUGGUGGACUCCUUUUCUCAGGGACUGGAAAGGUCACACGCUGUCAGCGGCAGCAUCCUGCAUGGCAUCACACCGCGCCUGAAGGACUUCCAUCAGCUCCUACUCAGCCCACCAAAGAAGGAAGCUAUCCUGACCACCAUCGGUGUGCUAGAGGAGCCUCUGGGGAAUGCCCGUCUGCAUGGUGCCCGCCUCAUGGCUGCCCUGCUGCAUACCAACACGCCCAGCAUCAACCAGGAGCUCUGCCGGCUCAACACCAUGGACUUACUGCUGGACUUGUUUUUUAAGUACACCUGGAACAACUUUUUGCACUUCCAAGUGGAACUAUGCAUAGCCGCUAUUCUCUCCUACGCUGCCCGGGAGGAAGGGGCAGAAGCCAAUGGAGCUGAGUGCAGGAUGGAACCUGCAUGUGGGAAUGGGAACAGCAGCUGGGAGAGCCCCCAGCCUGCCGCCGCCAGCCUCCCUGAGAACACAAUGGUGACCCAUCUGUUCCAGAAAUGCUGCCUGGUGCAGAGGAUCCUGGAGGCCUGGGAAACCAACGACCACAUACAGGCUGCGGGCGGCAUGCGGCGCGGGAACAUGGGCCACCUCACGCGGAUUGCCAAUGCCGUGGUGCAGAACCUGGAACGAGGCCCUAUGCAGGCGCACAUCAGCGAGGUCAUCCGAGGGCUCCCUGCAGACUGCCGUGGCCGCUGGGAGAGCUUUGUGGCGGAGACACUGACAGAGACCAACCGCAGGAACACCGUGGACCUGGUGAGCAUUCACCACCUCCAUUCCUCGAGUGAGGACGAGGACAUUGAGGGUGCUUUCCCUAACGAGCUGUCCCUUCAGCAGGCCUUCUCCGAGUACCAGAUCCAGCAGAUGACAGCCAACUUUGUGGAUCAGUUCGGCUUCAAUGACGAGGAGUUUGCAGACCAGGACGAUAACAUCAAUGCCCCGUUUGACAGGAUUGCGGAGAUUAAUUUCAGCGUUGAUGCCGACGAUGACAGUCCUAGCGCAGCUCUGUUUGAGGCCUGCUGCAGUGACCGCAUCCAGCCUUUUGAUGAUGAAGAGGAGGACAUCUGGGAGGACAAGGAGACUCGCUGUGCCACCCGGGUGAUGGCCAGAGCCAGGUUUGGAGUGCCCCAUGCCCCAGAGAGCUGCUCAGAGGAUGGCCUGGAUGGGAAGGCAAGCCCCGAAGCAGACAGGAACACGCCUGGGACGGACCCGCCCCCAGCACCUGGGAGAAAAGAAGGCCCUUCUGUGGAGGCUGACUCAGAAGGGACUGCAUGGACGGCUGUGUUUGAUGAGCCCGUGAACUCAACCCCCACGGCCCCAGGUGUGGCUAGGGAUGUGGGCUCCAGCGUGUGGGCUGCUGGCACCUCAGCUCCGGAGGAGAAAGGCUGGGCCAAGUUCACCGACUUCCAGCCUUUCUGCUGCUCCGAAUCCGGGCCCAGGUGCAGCUCUCCCGUGGACACAGAGCGUGGCCGUGCUGGGGGCAGCCCGAGCCCGAGCCUGGAGAAGGCCUUUGACCCAGGUCCGCCCCCGCCUUGUGCCUGGAACGUGUGUGUCACCAGGAAGGCCCCCCUGGUGGCCUCCGACAGCGAGGAGGAGGAGCAGAAGGCAGGCGGUGCCACGGGAGCUGGGAGCAGGGGUCCUGGCCAGGAGGCCAGCCCGCUGCCGGAAGCAGCCAGGUCAGAGGAGGCUGUGGGACGGGCCGCAUGUGCCGACAGAACGCUGCCAGACCCUGCCUGCCAUGCACCUGUGGACGUAACUCCCUCCCCGGCCGUGGCUGCACCCCUCAAGGCUACAGUGGCCACCACCACAGCACUGAGCAGGCCUGGCCCUCCUGUGUACACCCCAGCAGUCUCUUCUACAGUGGCCGUGGCGGUCACCAUAGCCCCAGCCUUGGUGGCUGCCUCGGGGACAGUGGCAAAGGAUGGGAAGACAGAUGCCCCUCCAGAAGGCGCUGCCUUAAACGGCCCCGUGUGAUGCUGCUGCCGCCCGGCCACGGCCCGCCCUGGUCAGGCUGCAUCCUUAAUCAAGAAAACUACCUGGUGAUGCAAUUUGUGUUUCCUAUUUAAUUUAAUCUUAAAAUAAAUGCUGCAUUGUUUGUAAAGCUGGCAGUUGGAACCCGUUAGACGGCCCAGCUCUCACCUGCCCGCCCGCGUGGGCCUCAGGCUGCUCAGGCCUGCAGAGGGACAGAGGACGCCCCCUGGCCGCCCCCCGGGCCUCGAGCACAGCAAUAAGGUCUCAGACGUGCAGCCUCUGCCUGCAGUAGCAGGGUGCCACGGCCCUGAGAUGCCACCAGGACCCAGCAGGCCAGGAGGGGCACAGAUGCCGAGGCUGUUUUUACUGGUUUUUUAAAAGUGAACACGGGGAGAGCCGCGUUUUUUUGCACUUUGUGUCCAGCUGCAGCAGCUCCCAGCUCAGGUCAGAUUGAGGGCCUGGGCUGGGGAGAUCUGGUCCCAGUAGGGGUUGGCCAGGAGCUGUUUGGCCGGAAGGGUCUCAGAGCCUGGGGCUGUAGGCGCCCAGUGGCCUCGGGGCUGCAUGGAACCCGGCUAUAAGAUGUGACUGCCUUAAAAACACAAGACCCUCCCGACCUGGCGAGGGCAUCCCUUGUGCCCAGCAGCCCAGGCUAGCACACUUGGGGGUGGGUGGUUAGGGGGCCUGGCAGGGGUUGGCCAGAAUGUGUGGGUGUGGGGGCCACGAUGGGACACUGGGGGCUCAGAGACUGACUUCGGACAGUGCUGGACAGGGCCAUGUCGUUCUGGAAGGGUCCGAGAGGUUGUUUUAUGUUGAGACCAUUUUCGAUGUUCUGACUAUCCGACAGGGCACCCGAAACUCAACUCCCAAUAAAAGCUGUUUCGCUCUUAACUGACAAA